AGUGUGCUGUUUAGUAUCUUUCCAUGAAUGAAGAAUCAAGAAGAUCUUGUUCACACACACACCCUUUUAUAUGUGUCUACGUACAUUGCAUAUUACCAGUUGUCUUCUCUACAACUUUAAAUCUCAAAAUUUCAUUGCUAAGAAAAACAGGGGGAAUUCUUUCAGGCUAUUAUUUCAUUUUUCUCCAAUUAUUCAGUGCAACGAAUUAGAGUAUGCAGAAACUGAAACAAUAUGGGGAAGGCAACUGAAAUUGAAGUAACAGAAUCAGGAGGAGGAGGAAUGAGGAGAAGAAAUUGUGCGUGCACAAAAGAUGAUUUUCUACCAGAGGAAUCAUUCAAGAGCUGGGGGAAUUACGCGAAGGCGCUGAGUGAAACGCCAAAAAGGUUAAUAGAAAGGGCGCUAACGCGAUCAAAUGAUGAAGCGGAGCUAGAGGCAAAGGCACGGAGUCAUCAUGAAAUGAAGAGGACAUUGACAUGGUGGGACCUUAUAUGGUUUGGUAUGGGUGCGGUGAUUGGAGCUGGAAUCUUCGUACUGACUGGACUUGAAGCCAAAGAAGAAGCUGGACCUGCUGUUGUUCUCUCUUAUGCUGUUUCUGGUCUAUCUGCCUUGCUCUCCGUCUUCUGCUACACUGAAUUUGCUGUUGAGAUUCCAGUUGCAGGUGGUUCAUUUGCCUACUUGAGGGUGGAGCUUGGUGAAUUUGUGGCCUUCAUUGCUGCUGGAAACAUCCUUCUUGAGUAUGUGAUUGGUGGUGCUGCAGUGGCUCGUUCAUGGACCUCAUACUUUGCAACUCUACUGAACUUCCGUUCUGACAAAUUCCUCCUCACGGCUCAUGGUUUAGCCGAUGGCUACAACCAACUCGACCCAAUCGCAGUGGGGGUCUGCUUCAUCAUAUGCAUCAUUGCAGUUAGCAGCACAAAAGGCUCUUCUCGUCUCAACUACAUAGCCUCGAUCAUUCACAUUGUCGUGAUCCUUUUCAUCAUCGUCUGUGGCCUAAUCAAGUCGGAUACCAAGAAUUACACCCCCUUUGCGCCAUUUGGUGCUCGUGGUGUUUUCAAAGCUUCUGCUGUGUUGUUCUUUGCUUAUGUUGGUUUUGAUGCCGUUUCCACUUUGGCUGAGGAAACUAAAGAUCCGGGUCGAGAUAUCCCCAUUGGAUUAGUUGGUUCUAUGGUGAUUACCACCACCAUAUACUGCUUAUUGGCAAUAACCCUCUGUCUUAUGCAACCUUAUCAGAAUAUUGAUGCUAAUGCUCCAUUUUCCGUGGCGUUCAAAGCCGUUGGAUGGGAUUGGGCGCAGUAUGUUGUGGCUGCAGGUGCGUUGAAAGGAAUGACAUCUGUGUUGCUAGUAGGCGCGGUUGGUCAGGCCCGUUAUCUCACUCACAUUGCGCGUACUCACAUGAUGCCUCCAUGGUUUUCCUAUGUUGAUGAAAAAACAGGGACGCCCGUCAAUGCCACGACUGUCAUGAUGGGGGCUACCGCAGUCAUUGCCUUCUUCACAAAGCUCGAAAUUCUCUCCAAUCUCUUGUCAAUCUCGACCCUUUUCAUCUUCUCGCUUGUGGCCCUCUCUCUCCUCAUUCGUCGUUACUAUGUGAGCGGUGUGACCACGAACGCAAACCGCAACAAGCUAAUUAUGUGUAUACUGCUCAUCCUCGGGUCCUCAAUUGGCACGGCUGCUUAUUGGGGACUUAGCGAGAAAGGAUGGAUUGCCUACUGCGUUACUCUGCCUGUUUGGUUUUUAGCAACUGCGGGAAUUUGUAUUUUCAUUCCUCGGGCGCGUAGUCCGAAGCUUUGGGGUGUGCCUCUUGUGCCUUGGUUGCCAUCAGCCUCAAUAGCAAUCAACAUUUUCCUACUAGGAUCAAUCGAUAAAGAUUCAUUCAUAAGAUUUGCUAUCUGGACAGCCUUUCUUUUGGCGUAUUACUUCUUUUUUGGGCUACAUGCUUCUUAUGACACAGCAAAGGAGUUCGAGAAGAGCAAAGGGUGGAAGAAUAACAUUGAAGAAGGAAAUGCUGCUUCUAAUGGGUUAGAUAGCAAAGAUGCUCCUAUUGCUUCUGGUAAUUGAAUUGCGUCUAAAUGUUACUGUACAACGUAUGUUCCUAGCUAGUGCUCACUAGAUUUUAUGUGUUGAUAUAUGCAUAUGAUGUUAGUCCGUUGUACAGACUGUUUUGAAGUAAAGAAGUGAAAGUUGCUGUGUUA